AUGGAUAAAUUUGUAAUUCGGAAAAGUGGUCAAAUUAAUAUACAUGAAGACAUGACAACGUCACAGAUACCUUCAACUUCAAACACGGAGGAAAACUCCCGUAAAAGAAAGAAAUCCGAAUUUAUUGGUCGAAGGUAUGAUGAAAAUUAUUUAAAAUUUGGAUUUUGUGCUUUUAAUAUGGGAGAUCAUAACAAUUUGGUUCAACCACAAUGUGUAGUCUGUGGAGAAUUGCUCGCAAAUGAAAGUUUAAAACCAUCAAAAUUAAAAAGGCAUUUAGAUACAAAACAUCCAAAUUUAAAAGAAAAACCUAUAGAGUACUUCGAAUCAUUAAAACCUAACUUUCAUAAAAAUCAAAAAAUUAUAAAAAAAUAUUCAUCAGUUUCGCAGUCGGCUUUAAAAGCAUCAUUUUUGGUCUCGUAUAGAAUUGCAAGAUGUUUGAAACUAUAUACCGUCGGGGAAGAACUAAUAUUACCUGCUGCUAUUGAAAUGUGUACGGAAAUGAUAAAUGAAAAAGUUGCAAACCAAUUAAAAAAUAUUCCUCUCUCUGAUACUACAGUCGCUAGACGUAUAUCACUUAUUAGUAAUGAUUUAAAAUUGCAACUUUUGUCUCGGUUAACAGGGAAAUUCUCUUUACAACUUGACGAGAGCACCGAUAUUGCAAACGAAGCGAUUUUGCUUACAUAUGUAAGGUAUUUUUAUAACAACAAAAUCCACGAGGAUAUACUCUUCUCCUCAAAACUUGAAACUUCAACUACUGGAAAAAACAUUUUUGACACGUUAGUGAACUUUUUUACUAACAAUAACGUAGAUUUAAAAAAUUGUAUUUCUAUAACAACUGAUGGGGCAGCUGCUAUGACUGGAAAACACGUCGGCCUAGUAAAAUUAGUAAAAGACAUUGUUCCAAGUUUAAAGUGGACACACUGCAUUAUACAUCGAGAAGCACUUGCAUCAAAAAAAAUGCCCAAAACAUUGACUGACGUCUUAGCACAAAUUGUAAAAAUUAAAUGGGUUCAUUCCAUGAAUCUCUAUUGUUACACACCGAAGUACGCUGGUUAUCAAGAGAAAAAACUUCGUAUUAUAAAAGCUCGAGUAUCUUCUGGAAAUAUUGAUAAUUUCACCAACGUUAGUGAGUUUUUAGAAGAAGAUUCUUCAAUCAAGUUCGAAGACAUUUCUGAAUUAGUAAACGAACAUUUGACAAACUUAGAACAAUUAUUUAACCAAUAUUUUCCUGAGGAUAUUCGUGUAAAUUAUGAGUGGAUUGAACAACCAUUCGCAGUAGAUAUAAUGACAGUGUUUAAAGUUUUUCAAUCUUAA